AUGGAUUUGCUUGCAAUUGCGGCAUUUUUCCUUUUCCAAACAACGUCGUCUGGCAACCCAUUAUCAGCCAUUGCGGGCCACUGCAGCGGGUACACCUUCCCCGACAUCACCUGCAUCAAUCGAUAUGGAGCUGUUUUGCCACACGGGUUCUAUCGAGAGGUGAAUAAUGAAAUUGGGAAUACAGACACAUAUUCUUCGACCAAUGUCGGCGAUCUCUCGUUCCAGAGUAUUUCAGAAGCCACCUUCCUUGUUUGGGACCCAGACCAGGCAGCUGUCAUCUUGGGCGAGACGCCGACAUUCGAGUACAUGUUCAGUAUACCUCAUGCUCCUCAUGAAGCCCCAGUAUAUGUGCCCCGGACCCAUGAGUUGUGGUUCUCACAAUUGGAGCAAGGCUUUUUGCCACAGUUUGUGGUGGAUUUGAAAUCGGAACCCCCGCGUCUCGCCCAGAGAACGACGAACCCCCCGCUGUAUGCGCCAACAGGGGCUCGAUAUCGCAAUGGAUCCAUUAUCUACUCUUCCGGAGGCUUGAAUCACUCCAUCGCAGACCGGAACAGCUUCGUGCCAGGGGUGUAUAAGGUGGAUCCCAUUACAGGUGAUUCGCAGCCGCUAGUCAAUAAUUACUUCGGAUGGUACUUUAACACUUGUGACGAUGUCGACGUGGACGCAGAUGGAAAUAUCUGGUUUACCGAUAAUUAUUACUCAUGGGCGGAUCACACCAGUGACAUUGCACCACAGCUGGGAACAGCGACCUACCGAUUCGACUCGCGCAGUGGAAAUGUAGCCAUUGUGGACGAUACACUGAGUGAACCCAAUGGAAUUGCAUUCUCUCCCGACGGACGUUAUCUGUAUCUCUCCGACACUGGGGCGGGGGUGGCCGUGAUCGAUCCCCAGGUUCAGCCGGUUCCAGGCCUUCAAUACAAUAACACAGGAAAAAGGACUGUGUAUGCCUUCGAUGUCAGUGAAGACGGUCGGUCAAUCGGUAACAAGCGGCCUAUAUACCUGGCGUUAGAAUACGCACCAGAUGGCCUCAAAGUGGCUCGCAAUGGAAUGCUCGUGACGGCUACGGGUCAUGGGGUUGACGUUCUGGACGCUCGAGGGAAGCCUUUAGUUCGCGUGCAGACAAACUUCACGGCUGUCAACAUGGAGUUUGUCGGGCCUAAUUACGAUGAAUUAUGGAUUAUUCGAGUCAGUGGGUCACCAUCGGCUGAAGAGCUUGUUUAA